AUGUCCUGCGCAGCCGCGGCGCAGCGGCCCACGACCAGCGGGAAGAAGCGCCGCUGCGGUGUGCCGCGUGUGGCGCGAGCCUGGUCGCUGAAGGCGCCGGGCGAAGCCGACCAGCAGCAGCAGCAGCAGCAGCAGCCGGAUUGGGCCCCUCUGUCGCCCGACGGCCGGCCGUGGGCCCUACUUCGCAACCCCUCGCCCCUGCCGCUCGCGCCCUGCGCGGCCGCCGGCCUGCACCUUGAGUCCCUCCCCCUCGACGCCCCGCUCCCCAUCUGGGUCCGCCUCGCGGCGAUCGACGCCCCCGCGGCGCUCACGCUGCGCGCGCUGCGGCCGCCGGCGCUGCUCGCGCUCAACCUGGCGCGCUGCGGGGGGCGGUACAGCCUCUACACAGUCAGCGGCGAGGCCUCGGUCGAGAACGCCGCGCUGCGCGGGUUGCGCGCCGCUGGCAGCAUGCUAGCCGGCGCGAGGUGGGCGGCGGCGCCAGAUCCACGGCGGCGGCGGCAGCAGGAACAGCAGGAGCAGGAGCAGCAGCGGGGCCGGCAGGAGCAGGAGCAGGUGCGAGAGCAGGAGCAGGAGCAGGAGCAGCGGCAGCAGGAGCAGGAGCAGGAGCAGGAGCAGGAGCAGGAGCAGGAGCAGGAGCAGGAGCAGGAGCACAAGCAGCAGCUGCACCAUCAGCGUUCGGCGGCCUGGAUCCCCCUGGCUGUCAAUGCAAAGCCUCGCCCCAUCCCUGGAACCUUGGGCAGAGUGAACGGCACCACAUUCUUGAGCCUGUCCAAAGAUGUUGCCAGGAAGCUUCUGUCCAGCAGUGCGAUACCGCUGCCGGCACCGCUGCGGGUGCAGGUGCGGUUUGUGGCGUUGGAUGCUGCGGCUGAGGCCGCGCUGCGCACAGCGGCGCCGGCCGCGCCCGCGGCGAUGGCGUCACUCCGCCGCAACACGCGGGGCCAGUGCGGCGUGUCCUUUGACGAGAGCCUAAUGAGUUUGGGCCGCAUCACGGGGCCGCUGCGGGACGCGGGCUGCGAGCUGGCGGGCGCACGGUUGGCCGGCGCGGCGGAGGCCAGAACCCUGGAGUUUGGCCUGUCCUGCCCGGGUCGCGCGCCGCCAGCGGAGGACGCAGCGACGUCGGCGGGGGCCGGGCAGGCGGGCGUGGCCGGCGGCGGCCUCGCGCAGGUGCAGGGCCCAGGGGGCUUGAGGGAGGGGAUGGUCGUGGAGGAGGAGGAGGGGGAGGAGCAGCAGCAGGUGGAGGCGGCCGCGGCUCACGAUGAGGAAGGCGAGGACGCAGAGGGUGAGGUGGUCCAGGCGAGGGAGGGCUGCCGUGCAGAUGGACAGCAGGAGGGGUGCGACGGCGGCGGGCCGCAGCCGCCACGCCCCUCACAGGCCGCCGGGCCCCAGGUCGGCCCCAGCAGCGGCGCCGAGGCCGGCCGUGGGGGCCCUCGUGAGCCCGGCGGGCAGCGUUGGGACGGUGCGGCAUGGGAGCAACCAUCAGAUGGCGACAGGGGAGGCUGCGAGAUGCUCACGCCACAGUCGCCGCGGCCAGGCCAUAACUACCCAGGAGGCCUGCCAGCCGCCCUGGCGGCGGAGCGGCGGCUGUCGGCCGUACACCAGGCGCCGCCGGAGCAGGAGGCGGCAGGGUCGACGCGGCAGCGGGCGUCGCCCGGCGACGCCGGCGGCAGUGGCGGCAGGGGUGGCAGUGGUGGCAGUGGCAGCGGUGAUGGCGGUGGAGGAGGGCCCCCUGAGCUGGCGCAGAAACCAACAGGGGCGGCCAGCAGCCGGGAGCUGGUAGGGGCCGACCUUGUCGGCAGCAACGCCGAUGGCAACGGCGACGCGGGGGCGCGGCUGGUGGCGUUGGGGGUGCGCGACAUUGCGCCGCCGCUCUGGGACGAUGGCGCCCGCUGGGAGGAGGCCGCAUACGCGGCCUUUGAUGAGGUGGAGGCUGUGGCAGGGGCCCUCGGCCUGAAGGGGCAGAGGCUCUACGCCGUCUGCCGCGCGGUCGAGGCGGCGACUGCGUCUCAGGAGGGGCGGCGCCGCUUUUUGAGGAUGACCUACCGGCGGCUGUGCCGCGCGUGCCGCGACGGGGACGCGGCCACGGCUGCGCGGUGGAUGGAGGAGCUGCUGGCAGACGGUGGCGGGGCCUCUUAA